AUGGUGCUCACGGACAAGCAGCGCCAAGAUCUUCAUCAAGCCAUGCUCGACUACCUCGUGGGCAUGGGCGACCGCUUCGCCGCCACGGCCGCGACGUUCGAGACCGAAGCCGACGUGACCAAGUCGAGCGACGGCAAGCACGCGGGUCUCUUGGAGAAAAAGUGGACGUCGGUCAUCCGCCUGCAGCGCAAAGUCAUGGAGCUCGAGACCAAAGUGGCGCAGCUGGAAGAGACAGCGAAACUGGGCGGCGUCCUCAGUCGCCGGGACGUGCUCGGCGCCCGCCAGCGCGCCGAGUUCCUGCCGCGCGUGCCGGCCAAGCGCACGCUGACGGGGCACCGCGCGCCCAUCACGUGCGUGGCGUUCCAUCCCGUGUUCAGCGUCGUGGCGUCGGCCAGCGAAGACGCGACGGUCAAAGUGUGGGACUUUGAGACGGGCGAGUACGAACGCACGCUCAAGGGCCACACGAACCCCGUGCAGGCCGUGGCGUUCAACGGGUCGGGCUCGUUGCUGGCGUCGACGUCGACAGACCUGUCGGUGAAGAUCUGGGACUUUUCCAGCGACGGCGACUACGAGUGUCUGCGGACGCUGCGCGGCCACGACCACAACGUCUGUGGCGUUGUGUUUGCCCCGGACCUGGCCAGCGACCGGCUGUACACGUGCUCACGCGAUAACACGAUCAAAGUGUGGGAGCUGUCCACUGGCUAUUGCGUCAACACACUCAAUGGUGGCCACAGCGACUGGGUGCGCGACGUGGCAGUGAGUGACGACGGAUUGUACUUGGCGUCCUGCGGUAACGACCGCUCGAUCCUCUUUUGGGACCUGCAGCACAUGCGGAUUCUCCAGUCCAUCCGCGAGCACGAGCAUGUCGUCGAGACGGUUGUGUUUGCGAAGACUGGCGUUCAAGCACAGGUGAUCGAACGGACACACGCCAAGAAACUUGCGGCUUCAGGUGCGUUUGGACCGGGGAGCGAAAGCCUGUCGCAGGAGUAUACGAGUCACGAUAUGACGAGCAGCACUGCAGGGGAGCCGUCCGGUGCAGUGGUUAGCACUGCUGGUCCGAGCGUUCGUCGUGUGAAGUUUCUCCUGUCUGGCUCGCGCGAUCGCACUGUGCGUCUUUGGGAAGCCUUUAGCGGCAUACAGCUCAUGCUCUUUACGAGUCACGAGAACUGGGUGCGGGAGGUGCGCUUUCACCCGAGCGGAAAGUAUGCACUCAGUGCAGGCGAGGACAAGACCAUUCGCGUGUUUGACAUUGAGUCUGGUCGCUGUGUACGGACACUGGACGAAGCCCACAGUCAUUUCGUGACAUGUCUUGACGUCCACCCCAGUCUCCCGCUGAUUGUUUCAGGCGGCAUUGACAAGGUCAUCAACGUGUGGGAAUGCGUGUAA